AUGAUCUCCAUGAUGUUCCAAAACGACGUCGUCCUCCCACCACCACCUUCCUCCCAACCACCAUUUAUACCCGACCCCAACUUCUUCCUCAAGUACCCUCCUCCUCCUCCUCCUCCGGCAACCACCGUGGAGAGGAGGAACUCGACGGCGGCGAUACGGGAGAUGAUCUUCCGGAUCGCGGCCAUGCAGCCAAUCCACAUCGACCCGGACUCCGUCAAGCCACCCAAGCGCCGCAACGUCCGGAUCUCCAAGGACCCGCAGAGCGUGGCGGCCAGGCACCGCCGGGAGCGGAUCAGCGAGCGGAUCCGGAUCCUCCAGCGGCUGGUCCCCGGCGGGACCAAGAUGGACACCGCCUCCAUGCUCGACGAGGCCAUCCACUACGUCAAGUUCCUCAAGAAGCAGGUCCAGUCCCUCGAGCAGGCCGGCGCCGGUGCGACUCGGCCUCCCGCGGUGGCGUUUGGAGGUGGGUUCCCGUUCUCUCCUGCGGCGGCGGGGUUUGGUGGCGGUGGUGCGGCGGCGGCGGUGGGGAAGAAUGGGGGUUGUGGUCAGCCGUCUCCUCCGGCGGCGGCCUACGGGAAUCAUCAUCACCACCAUCAUGGUGUGAUGCUUGGAUCGAUGCAAAUGCUUUGA